GAAGUUCUGAACUUGAUAAAAUAGUAGCUACUCUGAAAAAAAGUACAUUGUUUCCUUUGCUUAAUAUGCAGGCUCAGUAUCCUACUGGUACCGUUUUAUUCCAGCUUGUGCGUUUGGAGCUAUGUUCCUGUGAAGAUAACUGGACAAAUAUGCUUGUGAGUGUGCUCCAGCAUGCCCCUAAACUACAAGUUCUCAAGCUUGAGCUGAACCAGUACCAUUGUCUAGCUAUCGUUCGUAAAGUUUGCUGGAUCCAGCCCGAGCGUGUUCCUGAAUGUUUGUUGUUCCAUCUCAAAACUUUUGAGUGGAGAGACUACAAAGGAACACAAGCAGAGAAAGAAGUGGCAAUGUAUAUUUUGAAGAACGCAAGACGAUUAGUGAAUGCAACUAUCUACCCUGACUCAGUCAAGUUGGUGCGCAAACAUCGUAUGUUUGAAGAAUUGGAAAUUGCGUCAAGGGAUUCAAGAGCAUGUGAGCUUACAAUGGGAUGAAAAUUAAUCUUACCAAGUGUUAAACUGUCCAAUUAACUAGUUUUGAUGUGGAUUUAUAUCAUUAUUUUGUUAUAGCUUAUAGCUUCUUAUAUCAUUGCUCUGUCUCUUGUACCCAAUAAAGUUGGAACUAGGAAGGUAAUCUGGUUCUUGAUGCAAAGCCUUGAGCUUUGUUUUUGUUAUUAACAAAUCUGUCA